AUGACAGGCACCAGUCAUGCUAUUGGCAACGCUACUCCAGGGCGGCGAUCCGCCGGACAGGGCAAGUCGCAGGGGUCUUCAGGGCCCUUCUCAGGGCGUCCAGGGCGAGUUCGAGGGCAAUCAGUGGGCAGUUUGACGCGGGUCUCAGCGCUGGAGACUUCCCCUCCGGCGCUUUCACAGCGUCAUCAUUCCAUCCGCGACUCCACUGAAACCGCUGAAGCCACCCAAAACGUCACUGAAAAGCAAGCCCCAAACCCAAACACAAGCACAACCACAGGCACUGGGGUGGCUGCAGCUGGUCGCCUCGCCACCAAAACUCGUCUCCCCGUCUCAUCUACGGCCGUCUCAUCCUCGACUGAUCUCCAGUGCCUCUCGCCGUCCUCGCCGCUCCUCCAUCGCCAGCCUAGGACCUACCUUCGGACGCGGGCAUCAUCGUCUCUCGCCGCGCCCGCCCUCGAACGUGCCUCCUCUCGUCCCCCCUCCCAGGCUUCUGCUGUUGCCACCCCCCUCGCCGCCCGCCGCCCUCGCCGCCCGUCCGACGACUCGGCCAUCUCCCUCGACGACCACAGCAGCUCGCCCCCGCCCGGCUCCUCUCCUCCAUCCAGCGUCGGGCGAGACCUUCAGGCAUCAUCCCCUUUCGCCGAGCCCAAGUCCGCCUUUUCCUCGAGCCCUCCCCGUACUCACCACCAUCGCCAUCGACACCGCGCAUCGUCAUUUGAUCUCCCGUCGGCUGUUAGGCCGCGCCCACGAGCCUACUCAGACCAGGGACCACGCCCCGACGUCUCCCGUCCGCCGCAGACAUUUUUCCUCCGGAGAUCCUCGAAUCCUGAACUGCCGGUCGGUCCUGAUUCCCGCCUCUCCACCUCAUCGUCUCACUCGAGCCUCCUUUCGAGAUCCUCCCGCGAGCCCGCUUCCUUCAGUGCCAAGGGCAUCUCGACCUCGUCUGGCCCGCCUCCCUCCAUCAACGUCCGUUUGCUUGACAGUGCCGCCCACGACGCCAGCUUUGCUGCCCUUCACCAGCACCACCAGCAGCACUACCAACACUAUCAGCCACGCCUGAUCACCGCCUCGCGACAGCUUCUGCCUCUUAAGACGGCCGCCCGCUCCUCGACUCCCGAUGAACACCGGCGCCGCUCCCUCCAACGCUCCUACCGGCUGUCGCUGACCGGCUCCCUGCCCGCAAACACCUCACCCACCCGCGUUGCUCCUAUCCGCUCAUUUCGCUCCUCGGGCUCCCGCAAGAGCCUCCAUAGCCCCGACAUGAACUUCACCCCCCGUCCGUACGAUCUCAGCGAGAGUGCUGGCGCUCCCCUCUACGAUGAGGACCCUGCCAACGCUACCACAGCCAGCCCCUAUGACAGGCAGUCCAGGCUCAUGACGCCGCCCGUCUCGGGCCGUCAGGUUGCCAACGGUGAGGAGUCGGGCGAUGUCUUUUUGCGACUGGCCCGCGAAGAUGCUGUUAACCGCGGCGCCAAUGCUCGAACCCCGGAUGGCACCUAUAGCCCGGUCUCUGCAACACAUCGCUCGUGGCACCGUCGACCGCUCUCUACAAAUCUUACGUCGCACCAGCAGCUGUCCCCUCCAAAACUGAGGCGUCGGCUCUCUGAUCAGCAGGAGCGGCCCUUUUUGGGCAACCUGGAAGAUGAUCAGACCAGUCAGGCAUCUCGCGUGCUGCAAUAUCGGUCCAUGGGCAGAGAUAAAGCCGCCUCUGCCCAUCCUGGCGAGAUGGCGAGUCAGUAUACUCCGUCACCCCGAACUCAUCGCCCGCCGCCUGUCUCCUCCCGCUCUCCUGUGUAUCAUGACAACUCGGAUAACUAUCGCCAUACUCGCCGCCGAUCCUCAGUCACAGAGAGCACACCACCCCUCUCGAGCAGAGGACAACACAAAGCGGGGGCUGUCCACAACUUUUCCAAAAUGUACAACUCCUCCCCAUUAGUUCGGUCAUUUGACCUUACCCCGCCGCAGCCCCAUGAACCUCAAAAUGGCGUCGAGGGCACGGAAUCCACGGGGUCGACCACGGCACCCUCGACGGUGUGGGAUGAGCUCGACGAGCUCAAGUCGAGAAUUAACCGCCUUGAAAUCACAGGAAAAAUACCAGCAACAUCUGGUGCUACAGUGUCGAAACUGGACGAGCGCCCCGUCACAGCCGGUACAACCGUGACGACAGCUUCGAUAUCACCAAAGCGCCAGGUCAAUGUUCAUACUGACGACACCGCUUCCGUCUCGACGCCGACAAACGUCUACCCGCUUCUGCAAACUGCUCUUGCGAAUUGCAAGCUGAAUCUCAGCUCCCAAGUUUAUCAGGCUUUGGACUGCCUCGCUCAGGAUGCAUUGGGCUUGUCCGCAACCAUGGGCCAGGGUCCAAUCCCCAGCGGCGCCAGCACCGUCGGCAGCGGAAGCGCGGCCACUGAUCGUCAGCUACGACGCAAGGCUGAGAGUGUGUGCCGAAGCCUCACCGAACUUUGCAUUACCCUCAACGACGACGCUGGCCAUCGAGCUAGCACCAGCCAGUACCAGGCUCAAGCAUUCGCACCGGGCACGCCUUUGACGCCGACAAUCCCCAAGUCUCAUAGUAGUGGCCUGCCUGUUGUUCGCCGCGCUAGUAUUGUGGACGGCAAUAUGUCGCACACAAGCCCGAGAGUUCUGUCAAAAUUUGAGGAGCGCCGCAACUCUCUCCUCCACGGAUCAGGCCCUCCUGUAUCUCUGCACUCGACUCCAAAUAACCUCAUGUCUAACGAUGGCCGCCAUUCUUCUCUCUUCGUGUCUCGUACGCGCCAGAUUCGCCAAGAAGACCCUGAAGACGGUAGAGAGUCGGUUUUAUCGAGGACCCGCCGUGCCAUGACGGAAGAGCCCGAGGACGGCCGCAGGAGUACUUUUCUGGUCCGCAGUCGCCGUGGCACAGCCGAGGACAUGGACCAGCCGCUAUCUCGGUCACCAACGCGACGCACCGUGACCAUGGCUUACCAGCCUACCAACGAGCACGCCAUCGAAACCGACACCCCCGACAGGUACGAAACAUCUUCGGUCGUAUCCUCGGCUGCCCCACGCCGCCGCUUCAUCCCGGAGCUGCACACGUCCCGCCUGGCCGGACCAGCAGGAUCGAGCCCCGCGCCCACACGGAAGUACCUGGAGCGAACCGUCUCGACGCGCGAAGGUGCGGGCACGCCCACCAUGGAACGCCUGUCCCGCCACGUCUCUCUACACAGCCGAACGGGCAGCCAGUCGCGGACGAACCGCGAUAGCAUGCUGCCUCGACCUCCCAACGGCAACGCGACCCCAGAAGGACCGCAGUAA